AUGCCCCACCUCGUCUCACCUCCCCAAGAGCCCACCAUGAUUUCCAAAUCCUCUGAUGCUGCACCGACGCAAGCGGAGGUCUCGUCUCUCAUAGAGGCGGCCUUUGACGCCAAGACUUCCAAGGAUUCCGUCGAUGCUGCAUAUGCCCUGUGCGAUCUUCUCCUGAACUCCUCAGUCGGUUUCCGAGGCCUGAAAGACUACGGGGUUCUGGCGGAGAUCAAGAAGGCGGCGGCAAACAAGAAGAGUGCAGAGAGACGGGAAGGUGCCCAGAACCUCCUCGGAGCACUGUUUGAACGCUUCACUGCUAAGCAGCGGAUCAGCGAGGUGGUUUUCAUGCUCCAGGAUGGCGGUAUGGUUCAAUGCGCACUUGAUGCCAUUUCAGACAAAAAUGCCGUUGUUCGUGAGGCAGCAGACUACGGAAUCGAUGCCUUGUUCAAAAACUUGAGCUCCGAGGCUCUCGUUGUCGGUCUUCUACCAAUUAUCAGCGCAUACCUUUCGAAGCCAACUGGAAAAUGGCAGUCAACUGUCACAGCUUACAAAUUAUUGCAGAAAAUGGCAGAUAAGGCGAAGUUGGAGAUUGGCUGCAGUAAAGAAGAGGCAAACAACAAGGAUAUCCUUCGAGAGGCCAUGGGAACCAAGCUUGCAGGCUUGAUCCCCAUUGUUGAAUCAGGGAUGACGGAUAUGAAGAAUGAGAUCCAGAAGCAGGCUGUUGCUACGAUGACCUCGUUGACAACUCUCCUUUCUAAUGACGAUGUCGCUCCUAGGAUUCCCCUUCUGAUUGCGACUAUGGAAAAUCCCAACAAGACAACCCUCCAGAAGGCCAUCCACGCUCUUUCUCAAACCACUUUUGUUGCAAUUAUCACAUCCCCAGUGCUCGCACUUCUUACGCCUCUCCUCGAGAGGGCUCUUAACGACCCCACUACCGCUCAAGAAGUUCUUCGACAAACUGUGGUUGUGGUGGAGAACUUGACUAAACUUGUUCAUGAUCCAGUGGAAGCGCGCACCUUCUUGCCAAAAUUGAAGCCUGGUGUCAAGGCUGUCCAAGACCGAGCCUCCCUCCCAGAAGUCAGAGAAAUGGCUACGAGAGCCUUCAAUGUCAUCAACAAAGCUAUGGGUGAUGAUGACGGGAACGUUGCAAAUGGUGCAAUUGCAAGAACUUCAUCUGACGACGUUGCAAAGGUUCUCGAGGCGGAAAUCAAGAAGACGGCUGGACUCAGUGGCGAUCUCGAGGUCUUCAAAGUUGCGAAGCCAUAUAUUUCCUCUAUGGUGGCUGAGGAUGUCAACCACCGGCAGCUGGCGCGUAUUUCUGGAAAUGUCACCCCCUAUUUAGAACACAUCAUGACUGCCCCAGAAUCAGCCAAGGCGGUCGGAGAAGCCGUUGAACAGUUUUAUAUCGAGGAGGACCACCGGAAAUUUGGAAAGCCUGUUAAGGAGGAUGAUGGCGAGAUCGAAAUUGUCAACACCGACUUCUCUCUCGCUUACGGAGGAAUGCUCCUGCUGUCACACACCAACCUUCGUCUUCUGAAAGGACACAGAUAUGGGCUGUGCGGUAGAAACGGUGCCGGAAAAUCUACCCUCAUGAGAGCUAUCUCGACUGGGAAGUUGGAGGGAUUCCCCAGCCAGGAUGUCCUUAGAACGUGCUUCGUUGAGCACAACCAGGGCGAGGAUGCUGAUAUUAGUAUUUUGGAGUUCGUUGCAAAGGACCCUGAAAUUGCAAAGGAAGGCACUGCCCGUAUCUCCGAAGUUUUGUCAGAGGUCGGCUUCACAGCCGGUCCAGGAGGACGCCAAUCCGAAAAGGUCGGGUCGCUGUCUGGUGGUUGGAAGAUGAAGCUCGCUCUGGCUAGAGCCAUGUUGAUGAAAGCCGAUGUCCUUCUUCUUGACGAGCCUACCAACCAUUUGGAUGUAGCUAACGUCAAAUGGCUGCAAGAGUACCUCAAGUCACACACCGAAAUCACCAGUUUGAUUGUUUCUCACGACUCCGGAUUUCUUGAUGAAGUGUGCACGGACAUCUACCACUACGAACCUGGAAAGAAGCUUAAAUGCUACAAAGGAAACUUGGCUGAAUUCGUCAAGCAAAAGCCUGAAGCAAAGAGCUACUACACCCUCUCCGCUUCCAAUGUCCAAUUCAAAUUCCCCCCUCCUGGUAUCCUCACCGGUGUCAAGUCUAAUACGAGAUCUAUUCUUCGGAUGACGAACUGCUCUUACACAUACCCUGGCGCUUCGAAACCAUCUCUUUACGACGUGUCUUGCCAACUCUCUCUCUCAUCCCGAACCGCCAUCAUCGGGGGCAACGGAGCUGGAAAGUCAACCCUGAUCAAGCUCCUCACCGGCGAGACGGUCCCCACCUCUGGUCGUGUUGAGAAGCAUCCCAACUUGCGUAUUGGAUACAUCAAGCAGCACGCCCUCGAGCACGUUGAGAUGCAUUUGGAAAAGACACCCAACCAAUACCUUCAAUGGCGUUACGCAAACGGUGAUGACCGUGAAGUGCACAUGAAGCAGACUCGUAUCCUGUCCCCCGAAGACAAGGCUCAAAUGGAAAAGCUUGUUGAUCUGGGCGAUGGUAGUGGUGGAAAGCGUAUAGAGGCGAUCAUGGGUCGGCAAAAGUGGAAGAAGACCUUCCAAUAUGAAGUCAAAUGGGUUGGCCUCCUUCCAAAAUACAACACCCAAAUCUCUCGUGAGACUCUCAUCGAGCUCGGGUUCGCGAAGCUGGUCCAGGAAUUCGAUGAUCACGAGGCAUCACGAGAAGGUCUCGGUUUCCGAGAACUCUCUCCUAAAGCCAUCUCUAAACAUUUCGAAGACCUGGGUCUCGAUCCCGAGAUCGCCAACCACAACGAGAUUUCCGGUUUGUCAGGGGGACAAAAGGUCAAGGUCGUGCUCGCUGGUGCUAUGUGGAACAACCCCCACUUGCUCGUCCUCGACGAACCCACUAACUUCUUGGACCGUGACUCUCUGGGUGGUCUGGCUGUCGCCAUCCGCGAUUACAAGGGAGGUGUAGUUAUGAUCUCUCACAACGAGGAGUUCGUCGGCGCUCUCUGUCCCGAGCAGUGGCACGUGGUUGAUGGUCGCGUCACCCACAAGGGCCACUUCGCCGUCGCCGCUGACCGGUUCGAGGACAACAGCCGUCCCGGAAGCGGGCUGAACAGCAGCGUUGCGAGCAGCGCCGUGUCGAGCGCCACUGCCUCCGCCGUGAACAGCGGAGCAGAGGAUACCGGAGAAUUGGCCUUCCGCGCCAAGAAGAAGAAGAAGAUGACCAAGAAGGAGAAGAAGGACCAGGAGGUCCGUAGAAGAUUGAGACACAUCGAAUGGCUCAACUCCCCCAAAGGCACCCCCCGCUACCCCGAUACCGACGACGAGGAGGAAUAG